GAACAAAUAUUAGACUCAGUAAUAUUAAUUCCUACAACACUAGCCACCUUUCUUAGAAAAAACAACAACAGCAAAAUGGCUUUAAAGGGAGUGGGCCAUGUGGACCAGAAAUAUGAUGGUUCCUCAUUGAGAAUUGGAAUUAUUCAUGCUACUUUUAACGAGCGAGUGAUUGCUAGCUUAGUCAAGGGAUGUGUUGCGAAAUUAAAGUCCUUCGGGCUCAAAGAAGGAAACAUUUUGAUCGAGUCAGUUCCGGGGUCUUUUGAGUUGCCAUAUGGCGCCCAGCUUUUCUUUGAAAAGCAAGCGAAAUUGGGCCGCCGUUUAGAUGCUGUGGUCCCCAUUGGCGUAGUCAUUAAAGGACUGGACAUGCAUUUUGAGUAUAUUUGUGACUCUGUCACGCACCAAUUAAUGAGGCUCAAUUUUGAGCUUGGCAUUCCCGUCAUUUUUGGCGUGUUGACAUGUCUCUCAAAGGAGCAAGCAGAGGCUAGGGCGGGGCUUGUUGAAGGCAAGGACCAUAACCACGGCGAGGAUUGGGGAGCUGCUGCUGUUGAAAUGGCUCUUAAAUUUAGAAUUUGAGAGUGAUUCGAAAAGCCAAACUUCAAUUAUUUUGUUGUUAAAUGUCGUAUCACGUGUGAAUUAGAGGUCAAUUAAAAUGACAAUAGGUGUCUCUCGUGCGGCUUCAUUUUCCUUUGAAUGUGCGCUAGCUUUAGAAGCUUUUAGGUGAAUAAGACAAGCGUCGCAGUUGUGGUUGUAUUGAACAGAGAAUGAUGUAUCUUUUUCCGCUUGGCGAGGAGGGGAGUAUGAGUCAAAACUAAACUUUGCCAAAGCUUCUGUGCUCUUUAUCAUUUAAUGUCAAUGAGAAACAAAAAAUCAGCUCCCGACUCUGAAGUGUAGGGUUGUACCCUUUCUUCUCUCGUGUAUCAAAGGUGCUUCUUAAGAGUGAUGUUUAGGAAAUAGCAGGUCA